CAUGCAUUUGCAUUCCUUUCUGCCUGUGAAACUGCAGUCGGCGACUUUCAAACACCUGACGAAGUGAUACACCUGGCGGCUACCCUGCAAUUCGCUGGGGUGGAGAGUGUCAUUGGGACGUUAUGGAAGGUCAACGAUAUUAGUGUGCAGCGCUUGGUCGAGGCGUUCUACAAAAACUUUUGUGGGGAUGGAACGAUGAAUUCAAAACGAGCUGCCCGAGCGUUGCACCGAGCGGUCCAAUCGUUGGCUAAUGACAAAGACAUGCCUUUGGACCAGCGUAUAUUGUUCAUGCAUAUUGGCAUAUGA